AUGGCACCUAAUGGAAAAGAUCCUAAAAAAACCACACAAUUUUCACAUACGAAUCAUGAUGAGAUUUUAGCUGUUUUUAAUCGCUACGCUCGUCAUGAACAUCUCGGUCAACGUUAUAUGACACCAACUGAAUUUUUACAAGAUUAUUUAGGUUAUUUAAAAGGUGAUAAUAUUGACCCAACAACACUAAACAUACUUGGAUCAUUGGUUGAUUUAAAUAAAAAUCAUAGAAUAACGAUAGACGAAUUCACUAAUUUUGAAUCAUUACUAGUAGCCUCCGAUUCAUUAUAUCGUCUUGCUUUUCAAUUAUUCGAUCGUCGUGGUCAAGGUUUUAUUACCUUUGACGAUUUUCAAUAUGUAAUAUCAGCAACAAAGCAAUUUAAAGAAUUUCCAUUUAAUUUUGAUUCGGACUUUGUUCGAAUGCAUUUUGGUGAAAAACGACAACGACAAAUAACAUAUAAAGAAUUUACACAAAUACUAUUGGAUUUUAUUGACGAACAAACAAUUCAAACAUUUUGUAAACUUGAUAACACAAAUCUUGGUUAUAUAUCAUUGAAAAAUUUUGAAAUUAUACUUAAAGAAUUACGACAGUAUCAAUUAUCUGAAUUUAUAUCGACACAUCUACAAGAUAUUGUGAAAUUAUCAUCAUCAGCGACAUUACCAAAUCAAAUAUCGUAUCCAUAUUUUACGGCUUUUCUACAAUUAUUAUCAAAUAUUGAAUCUAUGAGAAAAAUUUAUUUAGCUGUAUGUGAAAAAAAAGCAAGUACAUUUUCAUCAUCAACUAUAACAAAAGAAGAAUUUUUAACUGAAGCUCAACAUUUUCCACAUACAACUCCAUUACAAAUAGAUAUUUUAUUUGCUAUUACAAAUCAACUACAUCAGAAUAGUGUCGGUAAAGAAGUCAAAAGUGAAUAUAUUGAAUUUAAUGAUUUUGAUACAAUAUCGGCAAAAGAACAUUUAUUACCAUAUCGAUUACGAUCAGAGAUUGUUGAUGAACAUUAUAAAAUUGAACAUCAAACUAUUGUUAUGAAAAUUUUUGAAAGUGGUUAUCGAUUCGGAUUGGGUAGUAUUGCCGGUGCUGUUGGUGCUACAGCUGUUUAUCCUAUUGAUCUUGUAAAAACUCGCAUGCAAAAUCAACGAACUACAAGCAUUGUUGGUGAACGUCUCUAUCGAAAUUCUAUUGACUGUUUUAAAAAAGUUAUUCGACAUGAAGGUGUUUUUGGUUUAUAUCGAGGUUUAAUUCCUCAAUUGGUUGGUGUUGCACCGGAAAAGGCUAUUAAAUUAACUGUAAAUGAUUUUGUUCGUGAUCGAUUAACAUUAGCUGAUGGUACUAUUCCACUUUGGGCUGAAAUUAUGGCUGGUGGAUUAGCUGGUGCAUCCCAAGUAACAUUUACGAAUCCAUUAGAAAUAGUAAAAAUUCGUUUACAAGUUGCUGGUGAAAUUCAAUCUGUUCGUCGUCCUGCUGCUAGUGAAGUUGUACGUGAACUUGGCAUUCGUGGUUUAUAUAAAGGUGCUCGUGCUUGUUUUCUUCGUGAUAUUCCAUUUUCAGCUAUUUAUUUUCCUGCUUAUGCUCAUAUGAAAAAACGUUUUGCUAAUGAACAUGGUUAUAAUGAUCCAAAGAGUUUAUUUUUUUCUGGUCUUCUUGCUGGUAUACCAGCAGCUGGUCUUUGCACACCAGCUGAUGUUGUUAAAACACGUUUACAAGUGCAAGCUAGAAAAGGACAAACAAAAUAUAAUGGUUUAACAGACGCUUUUAAAAAAAUCUAUAUCGAAGAAGGAUGGACAGCUUUUUGGAAAGGUGCUGGUGCACGUAUGCUUCGUUCAUCACCACAAUUUGGUGUUACUUUGCUUACUUAUGAACUUCUUCAACGUUCGUUUAAUGUUGAUUUUCAAGGUAGAAAAUUAGAAGGAUCGAAGAAUGUCGAUCAAGCACAAUAUUCGCCGAAAUCACGUGCAUCUAUUAUACUUUCAAGUAAUCCCGAUCAUGUUGGUGGAUUUCAUUUAGCUCAAGCAACAUUUGAAGGUAUUGAAACACGCUUUGGUUUGGCUUUUCCAAAAUAUAAAAAUGCAACAUCGAAUGAACCAUCACCGUCAGUUCCUUCAUUAACUAAAUUACUAGGGGUUACUUCACAAGUUAAUACAUAA